AUGGCUCGCUUUGCCAAUAGCCUGCUGGUAAUGGCUUUUGCCUUUCACUCCUUUGUCGCAGCAAUUGACUGCAAUGGAACCAUCACAAUCACAAGCCAGGAUGACGCCAAGGACGUGCGGGAAAAAUGCAAGGUGGUCGGGGGAGACUUGAAGUUUGCGUGGAAUUUAUCAGAGAGCAUCGACCUCGACGGCCUGGAGGGGGUGAAUGGGUCGGUCGAGCUGACGACGUGUGACGAUAAAUGCGACGACAUCACGAUUCCCCAGCCCUUCAACAUCAGCAGCCCCACGCUCAAACGCAUCAAUGGCAGCCUUUCGUUUUCAUCAUUUUACGGUCUCGAAAAACUUAUUCUUCCUAAUCUAAACAACGUCAACCAGAGCGUUUCCCUCUUGGACUUGGACAACGUUACACAUAUCGAUCUGACCCGGCUGGUAACUGUCGGCGGCUUCACCCUGGGAGCGAAGAGACUGGAGGAGCUGAAGCUGGAUGGACUUCAGAACUUGACGGACAGCUCAACGGGGAACAUCACCGUGUACGAUGUCGGAACUAUCCAAUCUGUGGAUGGGAUAUACGAGAAUCCCAUCGAUGGCCUGCAGCUCGGAGAAGCAAACGUCACUCUCAACAGAAACUACACCGGCAGUGUGAAGAACGUCACCUUCGGCUGGACCCGCGUCCACGAUCUCUUGGUCGAGAGCGGGGCAGGGAUAUCAGUCACGCUCGGAGGACCCUCAUCCGAGUCUCUCGAGAUCGACUACCUCAAGCUGGGCAAGGGCGUCGUGGGGCUCGAGCGUGGAUCGCAGAUGAAGAACCUGACGGUAAAGAAGUUCCAGAGCGAGAGCAUGAACGUCACCAGUUUGAAGCUGGAUUUCGACCAGGCGUCCGAAAUCGCCAUCGUGGGCACCUCGCUCAAAUCGGUCGAGAUUCCUUCCGAGGCGGAGAACUGGGAGAAUCUGAACCUGACCAUCUCAACUGUUCCGUUGUUCGAAUUCGGUUCGAAAUCCGCCGACGGGAGCCAGGCCUGGCACUGGCCCAAGGGGGACAUGUCGGCCCUGCGCCUCGUCGGCAACAUGACGUCGGAUUUCCUCACAUCUUUUAUUCAGGGAAGCACGCGAGUUGUGAACACCUUCCACAUUGACGACACGUCCGGCUCUGUGAACUGCACGGCCCUCUACCAGAUCCAGGACAGGCUUCCCGAAAAGUUUUUCUGUCAAGCGCGUAAUGACAACGGCGCAUCCAUGCCCGCUAUUCUUCGUCCUUUACACAUCGGAGUAUUUUUAAGCACGGUUAUCGUACUAGCAUUAUAA